UCGUUUUACAAAAGAACAGUUUUUCAGAGCUACUCCUGUGUCUGCAGUUUCUCAGAAUAAGCAGCUCAAAAGGGCCAAAGAAGUAUUCUUUGUGGCACAUUCUGGUCCACCACAGCCCCAUUUAAGGCGGCCUGUCCUGAGCCUCGGUAGCCCCUCGGGAGGUGCCCAGCGCCCCAGUUGCUGGCUCCCUCUGCCGCCCUGCGGCGAUCUCAGGCCUCUGUUGAAAUUCUUCGCUGGGUGAGGUGGAGGUUUCAGGGGUUGUCGGGCCUUUUUUUGGUUGUUUUCCUUUGCAUAAGAAGAAAAGUUGUUUUGAAGAAGGGCAAGGUGCAUCUUCCAGAGGGACGCUGCCCCUCCGCCGCGGGCAAGGCGGGGGCGUGGGGGGCAGGCGAGGCGCUGGGGGGACCUGUUGUUUUUCCUGUUGCAAGUCGAAUGGGAAGUGGAGCGUGCGGGCUGUCAGCAGGCGGAGCGCCCCGCCGCGCCCCGCCUCCGUCCGUCGGGGCUCACUGGUGCCCAGCGCCCUCGCUCCGACUGGCCGCGGGCCGAGCCCAGCCGCCGCCAGCCGCUCUGGGACCGGCUUCCUUGAGAUCGAGGAGAGCGGAGCUGAGAAGACCUUUCCCGGCCACCAGAAUGGGGCCGCUGCUCAGCCGACCGCGCUCUGCCCUGGCGAACAGAUAAGGAGCUCAAAGUCAGUCCACGGCGGGAUGACAUUCACUGAUUCCAAAGCAUCUUUAAUCUGCCAGGAAGAGGAGCUUUUGCUGGUCUUUCUUGGACCAUUCCAGAGAGGACAACUGCUGACCGGUGAGAAGUAACAAAGCAAGAUGCCCCCUGGGGUCGACUGCCCCAUGGAGUUCUGGACCAAGGAGGAGAACCAGAGCGUGGUGGUUGACUUCCUGCUGCCCACAGGGAUCUACUUGAACUUCCCGGUGUCCUGCAAUGCCAAUCUCAGCACCAUCAAGCAGCUGCUAUGGCACCGUGCCCAGUAUGAGCCACUCUUCCACAUGCUCAGCGGCCCCGAGGCCUACGUGUUCACCUGUGUCAACCAGACUGCAGAGCAGCAGGAGCUGGAGGACGAGCAGCGGCGGCUGUGUGAUGUUCAGCCCUUCCUGCCUGUCCUGCGCCUGGUGGCCCGCGAGGGUGACCGUGUGAAGAAGCUCAUCAACUCACAAAUCAGCCUCCUGAUUGGCAAAGGCCUGCAUGAGUUUGACUCUCUGCAUGACCCAGAGGUGAACGAUUUUCGCGCCAAGAUGCGCCAGUUCUGCGAGGAGGCGGCCACCCGGCGGCAGCAGCUGGGCUGGGAGGCCUGGCUGCAGUACAGCUGCCCCCUCCAGCUGGAGCCCUCAGCACGGGGCUGGGGGGCUGGUGCCCUGCGGCUCCCUAACCGGGCCUUGCUGGUCAACGUCAAGUUCGAGGGCAGUGAGGAGAGCUUCACCUUCCAGGUGUCCACCAAGGACGUGCCCUUGGCGCUGAUGGCCUGUGCCCUCCGGAAGAAGGCCACAGUGUUCCGGCAGCCCCUGGUGGAGCAGCCCGAGGACUACGCACUGCGGGUCAAUGGCAGGCGCGAGUACCUGUAUGGCAGCUACCCGCUCUGCCAGUUCCAGUACAUCUGCAGCUGCCUGCACAGCGGACUGACCCCCCACCUGACCAUGGUCCACUCAUCUUCCAUUCUCGCCAUGCGGGAUGAGCAGAGCAACCCUGCGCCCCAGAGCCAGAAGCCACGCACCAAACCACCCCCCAUACCCAUGAAGAAGCCCUUCUCAGUGUCCCUGUGGUCCCUGGAGCAGCCACUCUGCAUUGAGCUGAUCCAGGGCAGCAAAGUGAACGCCGACGAGCGUAUGAAGCUAGUAGUACAGGCCGGCCUCUUCCACGGCCAUGAGAUGCUAUGCAAGACGGUGUCCAGCUCGGAGGUGAACGUGUGCUCUGAGCCUGUGUGGAAGCAACGGCUGGAGUUUGACAUCAGCAUCUGUGACCUGCCACGCAUGGCCCGGCUCUGCUUUGCUCUCUACGCUGUGAUUGAGAAGGCCAAGAAGGCUCGCUCCACCAAGAAGAAGUCCAAGAAGGCGGACUGCCCCAUAGCCUGGGCCAACCUCAUGCUGUUUGACUACAAGGACCAGCUCAAGACUGGGGAACACUGCCUCUACAUGUGGCCCUCCGCCCCAGAUGAGAAAGGGGAACUGCUGAACCCUGUGGGGACUGUGCGUGGCAACCCCAACACGGAGAGUGCUGCCGCCUUGGUCAUCUUCCUGCCCGAGGUGGCCCCCCACCCUGUGUACUACCCUGCCCUGGAGAAGAUCCUGGAGCUGGGACGGCACAGUGAGUGCGGGCGCAUCACGGAGGAAGAGCAGCUGCAGCUGCGAGAGGUCCUGGAGCGAAGGGGCUCUGCGGAGCUGUACGAACACGAGAAGGACCUGGUGUGGAAGCUGCGGCACGAAGUCCAGGAGCGCUUCCCGGAGGCGCUGGCCCGGUUGCUGCUGGUCACCAAGUGGAACAAGCAUGAGGAUGUGGCCCAGGUGGAGGAGGACGCCUGGGGCAGAGCUGGGGGGCAGAUCAGCAGCCCCGCCGCUCAGUCCCCUCACCACUGGGCCUCCCCAGAUGCUCUACCUGUUGUGCUCCUGGCCCGAGCUGCCUGUCCUGAGUGCCCUGGAGCUGCUGGACUUCAGUUUCCCGGACUGCCAUGUGGGCUCCUUUGCCAUCAAGUCCCUGCGGAAACUCACGGACGACGAGCUGUUCCAGUACCUGCUGCAACUGGUGCAGGUGCUCAAGUACGAGUCCUACCUGGACUGCGAGCUGACCAGGUUCUUGCUGGACCGGGCCCUGGCCAACCGCAGAAUCGGCCACUUCCUCUUCUGGCACCUCCGGUAGCUGGACUCGCCCUGGCCAGUCCCCUGGAAACCCCAGCCCCUGCGGCUCCCUGGGAGGCUAUGGGGAGGAGGGGCCUCUGGCCUGCUGACCUCAUGUUACUAGCAGGCCCCAGUGUCCAGGUCCCCCCCAGAUCCUUCCAAGCGGGAGGGUCAUGUGGCCCUGCCUGGCAAGGCUCAGCCCCUCCUGUCCCCUCCAGCUCUGAGAUGCACGUGCCAUCGGUGGCUCUGCGCUUUGGCCUCAUCCUGGAGGCCUACUGCAGGGGCAGCACCCACCACAUGAAGGUGCUGAUGAAGCAGGGGGAAGCAUUGAGCAAACUGAAGGCCCUGAACGACUUCGUCAAGGUGAGCUCCCAGAAGACCCCCAAGCCCCAGGCCAAGGAGCUUAUGCAUAUGUGCAUGCGCCAGGAGCCCUACCUGGAGGCGCUCUCUCACCUGCAGUCCCCGCUCGACCCCAGCACCCUGCUGGCCAAAGUCUGUGUGGAUCAGUGCACCUUCAUGGACUCCAAGAUGAAGCCCCUGUGGAUCAUGUACAGCAACGAGCAGGCGGGCGGUGACGGCUGCGUGGGCAUCAUCUUCAAGAACGGGGAUGACCUCCGCCAGGACAUGCUGACUCUGCAGAUGAUCCAGCUCAUGGACGUUCUAUGGAAGCAGGAGGGGCUGGACCUGAGAAUGACCCCCUACGGCUGCCUCCCCACUGGGGACCGCACAGGCCUCAUUGAGGUUGUGCUUCGCUCAGACACCAUCGCCAACAUCCAGCUGAACAAGAGCAACAUGGCAGCCACAGCUGCCUUCAACAAGGAUGCUCUGCUCAACUGGCUCAAGUCCAAGAACCCAGGGGAAGCCCUGGAUCGAGCCAUCGAGGAGUUCACCCUGUCAUGUGCUGGGUACUGUGUGGCCACGUACGUGCUGGGCAUUGGUGACCGGCACAGUGACAACAUCAUGAUCCGCGAGAGUGGGCAGCUGUUCCACAUUGAUUUUGGCCACUUUCUGGGGAAUUUCAAGACCAAGUUUGGAAUCAACCGUGAGCGAGUCCCAUUCAUCCUCACCUAUGACUUUGUCCAUGUGAUUCAGCAGGGCAAGACUAAUAACAGUGAGAAAUUUGAAAGGUUCCGGGGCUACUGCGAGAAAGCCUACACCAUCCUGCGGCGCCACGGACUCCUCUUUCUCCACCUCUUCGCCCUGAUGCGGGCAGCAGGCCUGCCCGAGCUCAGCUGCUCUAAAGACAUCCAGUAUCUCAAGGACUCUCUGGCGCUGGGGAAAACGGAGGAGGAGGCGCUAAAGCACUUCCGAGUGAAGUUCAACGAAGCCCUCCGGGAGAGCUGGAAAACCAAAGUGAACUGGCUGGCGCAUAACGUGUCCAAAGACAACAGGCAGUAGCGACCCUCGCAGCCCUGGGCCGGGGUGCGGCCAGCCUCCGUCCUGGAGAACCAGGCACCGUGGGUCCGUCCUGAAAGGGGCCGAAGCCUGAACUGUACCUCGUGGGAAAGAACCUACACAACUGCCUUUUGUUUACACUGGUUAUUUAUUUAUGACUUGACAUGUUUAAGGAACUAAAUAGCCAUAAAUGGAAAUGCAUCGUUUGUGCAGGAGAGGGGCGUUGUCCAAUGUCCUCCAGAGCACUGGGCUCUGACAGGAGGACACCGGGUGUGUCACCCUGAGUCUUCCAGCUGUGGAUCUGGGCCCAGCAGAGACCGUUCUUCUGGGGGGACCUUCUUCCCAGACUCCCUGACAGUCUGCCUGGCCAUGGCCCUGGCAGUCACCUGGUGCCUACUGUCCAGACAGGACACCUCCAUCUCAGUUCACCCCCUGCCACCUCGGUGCCGACCCUCCAUGUGUGUCUUCCGUGACUGGGUUCCGGCAGCUCCCAGGGAAGCCUGAGCGCCCUCUAGAUUCAGGGACGUUGGCUCUUCACUUUCAAAGUGACUCUUGGGGAUGGGAAGUCCCUCACUUCUGCUGUAAAGUGGUUUUGUUUUCAGGUAAGAAAAUUAUAACAGCCAAAUGCCUCACUGAACCUCCACGGCUUAUGUUAAAAAGAUUCCCGAGGCCAGGUGCGAUUGGGUCGGGGUGGAGCCCCACUUUGUGCAGCUGUUUAUCCUUGGGAAGCAGGUUUUACUGAAGGUACAGGACAAGACCUCUUGCAGUUGGGAACCUGCUGUGAAGGUAAUCAGGUACCAGGAGCAUGAUGGGGAAGGGGUUGGUAGAAUCACCCUCUGUGGCUGUGAAUAGUUUGAAAUGGUGCUGGCUUAAUUACCUCAGGCCUCCCAAAGGCCUGGGUCUGAGGUGCUUUAAAAAUGCAGAUGCCGGGGCAUCUCCCUUUGGAAGCCAGCUCAGGAGAUGGGGCCAGGAUGCUGGGCUUUCAGAUGGCCGUGGAUGUCCUAAAUGUUAGCAGCUAGCCGGCUCAGGAGAUAGGGCUAGGAUGCUGGGCUUUCAGAUAGCUGCGGCCGUCCUAAGUGUUAGCAGCUAGCUGGCUCAGAACCCUCUGGUUGACACUUCUGCUCUCAAAAGCCUUGUAAGGCUCAGCAGAGCCAGAAGUUGCUGCCCUGUUAGUGGCCCAAGUGCCAGCACCAGUCAGUGCCACCCACAGAGCCCCUGCCUUGGCCACAGGCACCAGUGACCACAUUCCUAGUCCCUACUAAAGUGCUAAGACCCACCGCCCCUCGCCACUCUGACAUAGGAAGGGCGGUGUGCCCAUGUUCAGGUUAUUUAUUUAAAUGAGCCUGUGUGCUCUCCAGUGAGGGCGCACGCUGUGCAUGGCCGCAGCGAUUCCUGGUCUGAAAUGCACAGGCCGUGUGCCUGGUGAGAAGGCACUUUCUGUUAUUUUAAAUCAUUUCAUGUUUUUGUAUGGGCAAGGUGAGUUCAGUGUCACUGAUGUGGGCUGAGACCAGCACUCUGUGGAACCUUGCAGUGAGACACAUGAGAAGAAAUAAAAAGCUUUUUUAUGCUCUUAUGUUCUCGGCUCAAAAAAAGAAAGAACGCAGGACAAAAACUAAGACACAACAGAAAACCAACCUCCUCCAACUGGAGUUAGAACCAGAACUUUAUUGUAGUGUAUACACUUUCAGACCUAUCAUCAAUAUACACAUCUGAAAAGGGAUACCGCGGCGGGGACAGGGUGACAACGUCCCCCUUUGUGUUAGCUCCACCCAUGGUCUAAACAGAGCAGCUGGAGGGACAGGACGAGGAGGACGGCCCCACACAACAGCACAACCGUCAGUGUCCUUGAAACCAGCAGAGUCACAGAGUAUUUAAAAUGAGUUCCCCCAGUUGUAGAAAUCUAAAAUUUCACAUGUAAAUGAAAAGCAAAGUGCGCCCGUGGGUUGUGGAUCCUGACCACCCUCUCUCCUUCCACCAACCCCCACCAACAGGGGGUAGGGUUUCCCCCAGACAGCAGGGGGAGUCCCACAGGGGGUCUGGGGAGGAGAGAGGAGAGAGGAGAGCACAGGCUGUUUUGGGAAAUUCCAUCACUUUGCCUUCAGGCCAGAGGGUCUCCUUUGGGUACAGACCACUCGAAGCCUGUUGCUUUCUCCAAAGUGUUCAGAAAAUUGCAUGACACCUGUCCAUUAGUAUAACCUAUAUACACAUCCACCAGAGGGGAGACACGUUUAUAAGGUAGAAACCACAAGGCUGCACACGAGGAGUCCAGGCCACUGCACAGGGAGCUGCUGUCACGGGAGGAGUGCGUAAAGAGCCAGGGACCCCCGCAGCCCCACCCCCAAUGCCAAAAUAGGGGCAGGUAGGACUGCAGACAAGCCCUGGCUACUUCCAGCUUCCCAGGAGGGGUGCCCGACCCGCCCCCUGAGCAGCAGAGCCUGUGGCCCACCUGCCCACCACACCCAGAUCUGAGUGGGGUGGGAGGGGCCUUGAGUCUGGGGUAGGAGUCGGGAAGAGCCCCAGGGCCUCUCCAGCGCUCAGCGCCCUGAACUUUACAUUCCAGUCCUGGAGUACACUAGCACAAGGGACACGAAGAAUCCCGAUUUAUUUACAAAAUAUUAAAAAGUCAAUUAAUCAUCUACAUGUUAACCCCCAUUCUGCCAUUAUUUAUACAUGCACUAGUUUGGAAAAAAUAAAAACUUUUUU